CUACGCCGCAAAGCUCCAGUCUUACACGUCAAGCCGGUCUGUGCGGUCGCGUCUAUUCUCACCUCACCUUAAUUACUCCUCCUUUUCCAAAACACUUGAAACUAAAACAAACAAACUCAGUUGUUCCUCAUUUCGCGGAUGUUUAACAUAAACCUUUUUAAAAAAAUAAUCCCGCAAUUUUUUAACCUAAAACUUUGUUUUUACCAGAUGAAACAUUAACCGAAACAGUGGUGCAAGACACGCCGUCAUAAUCAGUGGAACUUGUUAGUGGAUUUUAUAAUUUUAUUAAAUAUUAAAUAUAAAAAUAAAAUUAAAUAAGUUGGAGCCAAAGUUGGAUUCUACAACCCGUGGAUUUAAUUCCUGAAGACGACGGAUACGAACGCAAGGUGAGUACUUUGAGUAAAAAGAGUAGAGUAGAGCAGGGGAGAGUGGUCUGAUCGCGGUUUCGAGGAUUCUCCUCAUCCUCAUCCAUGUCCAUGGCAUGUCGGUAAUGUUGUAAAAUAAGGAAACCUGGCCCCGUUCCGCUGGCUUCGACACGCGAUAUCUCGGUUCCUUUCAAGUCGUCAAUACAAGUUAUAUUAACACUAACACCGGAUAAUAUGAGGAAAGGACACCUGGCACUACCACUACACGCGGAAUAAACUAACGGAGAGCCGCUAAGAGGCGAAGUGUAGGAUGGGCUCGUCAGUGCGAGGAAUCGCGCUACAGUGAAGAGGAGGAUCUUCCGUUAAGGAAGGAGGUACGAGGAGUAUGCCUUCGUCGCAAAACGCCGCCACCGAGCGGCGAAACGACAGGAUGAUUUCACACGAACCGCCGAAAUUAAAAACAACGCUGAAGACUUCACCGAAGCAAGCUACCAAUCCACUGCAGUUCGUUAAAGUCGGGCCGUGUUCGCUUUAUCGCACUGCCCAGGAGCAGUUGCAAAAGGUCCAAGAAGUCAAAAAAGUAAAGCAGGAGGUACGCGAUGACCCAGAAGACUGGCAAUCGAAUUUGGAUAACUGGAAAAGCAGUCGGAGGAAGCGACAAGAGCACAUUAUCGAACGAGUUGUUGAAGUUAAGAAACUGGAACUGGAGGAGCACGACAGACACAGACGUCGGAGUAAAACCUUCUCAGAGAUGAUGGAGGAGCGCAGCAGUCGGGGGAGGAAACUCAGUAUGAGUCUCGCUAUGUAUCACGAAGAAGACUCUAAUGAUUUGAGUGAUCUUGGCAUUGGGACGAGCAGCGGUAAAAGUUCUGUAAGCGGAGACACUCAUGAUGAUACACAGAGUGUUCUUAGCGAUCGAGAUAGUGAGAUCGACAAGAAUCAUUCAGACCUAGACAAUGCGUCCCACGAAAACGGCAACACCAACGAGAACAACAACAUGAACGUCGUUCCACCUAGCGUAACAUCAAUAACCAAAACAGCAAUUAGUAAAAAAUCUUCGCAAUUUGGAAACGGAUUCCAAGACGACCAGCGAGAGUACGAUUCGGGAACAACAGCGACCACCAGCUCGCCAGAACCCGACGAGUACAAUUACGAGGGAGCGAUCCGAUACAACCGAGCGCCACCACAAACUCUCCCCAGAACAUCUCUGCUAAAGCACGACCCGAAAUUAGAAAGCAAGCCAAUUAUUAAUUACGAGGAAUCGGCUGGUGGGAGUGAUAAAAGCGUUCCAGUCGUUAAGGUAGACAUACUGAAGCGCCGUGAGAUUUUCGAGAAGGCCGCUCAAAAAACAGCUGAUAAUAAAGUGAACAACAACGGGAAUCGUUCCUCAGGAGAGUUUUCUUCUCCAGUGUCUAUUAAAGAAAGACUGAUGAGUCUCGAAAUACAAACAAUAGAAACCGCUGAGGAUGAAGAUAAGAACUCUAAAGUAAUCGACAGGCUUUCUGGAGACAUGACAACAAUACGCGAGCGUUUAAGUUUUCUAGAGAAGCAAGUUUCCGUACGUGAAACUAAAAUAUCAUCACGUAAAUUAAGCAAUGAUGAGUUUGAACCUGUUCGACCUUUGCGUGAGAGAUUAUCAACACUCGAGAAAUAUGCCAGCAGCGAUGAAUCUUCCUCAACGCCGGUAAAACCGCAGCCGAGUCCCAGGCAGCACGUUGAGUUUACGACAAAAGUUAAAGAUCGACUGUGUAUUUUAGAUUCUACUCGAACUAGCAAUAAUCACAAUAAUAUUAUUAAUAAUAAUGAUGAUAAUGAUAAUGAUAAUAAUGUUAAUACUAAUAAUAAUAUUAAUAAUAUUAAAGAUGUUGAUAAAAAGCCAGUAGAUAAACCGAUGUUGCGUUUUAAUAAUCGGGAAAGAAACGAAACGUCAACACCAAGCGAGAGAAGUUCCUCUCCGGACUCCGAAUACCGCGCACCACGUGCUACUUUCCACCAAAGUCUAGAUUCUUUGGACGCAGACGCGUCCAGCGAACCUGAUACAUUUGAUCGUGUCCAGAGCCUCGAAGAACUGGACUACGUGAGAAGAAGAUAUCCGACGUCAGUGUCGUCCGCUGAGAUACUCAACGACACCGAUCGGGAGGAUUCUGGUAUACACACCGCCGAUGUCAGCUGUUCAGUCAGUCAGGCUGACGAACCAGUUGACGAAGAAGUUGCUACAGUUCGUCAUGGCACUUCAAUCACCAUUGAAGUUAAACCUGUGCCAAAAGAUCGUAAUGUUAAAGGUGAAGAUGAUGAUCUAGGUGACAAAGUGACUGAUGAGUGCAAUCAGAUUAAAACCGAGGAGGAUUUUCAACCCGAGGCUGAUCAAGAGAAAGUUAUCCAACUGGAAUCGGCAGUGAUAAUAGAGGGUACUGCUGAAUCGCCUGGAAAUACCUUAACAACUAACAAAUCUGAGAUAGAGCAACAGCCGAUUAAGCCAACGAGUCGCGUUAUUGUCUUCCAAAGCCCGCGAAUUCCUCCGCGAAGAUGUCCGCCAGUGAAGCCCGGAGAUAGCAGCUCGCCGUUGCUCCAAGAAGAUUCCGAGGUUGAGUCUAAAUUAAGCGAGUCGAAAACAUCUUCUGCUGAGUCAAUAUCUUCAACUUCACCGCUCAAACCUUCGAAAAUUCCCACUCCGCUUCCUCGCAAGCCGACUGGAGUCACCGUAAAGCUGUCUUCAGCCCCAAACACGGCGCCAACAUCUCCAAUAAAGCUGUCGGCUUCUUCAAAAUCUCUUCCCUCCUCCCCGUUUUCCUGCAGACACUCGAAAAUUCCCUCGCCUCUCAAGGCUCAAGAAGAUCAACAGUCAGCAUCAACAGUCGCUUCCGGAGAACAAAGUCAAGAGAGCAAAAAUUCAGAGCGAAGACGGACUGUUUUUGAAGUCUGCGAGAAAAUAAUAGUUCCUCAAGAUGUGUCACCGGUACUGCCAAUUACGCCUUUUAUAACAGUAACUAAAGUCGGGGAAGAUCAACAACAGCUGAGUGAUUCCGAGGAAUCAAUUGUUACCGACGGUAGCAGUUCCGAUGAGGAAAUCGAGCUGCAAUGCGAGUCAACAGAGUCAGUCGAGCACGAAGAAGAGGCUCGAGCGAGUGAACCUCUGACUAGCGGCAACCAGAGCGCAGAGCUGCCUCUUACUUGUCCUAACAUUGAGGCAGCAACCAACGCCGCUUCUCCUGUUAUUGUAGUCGAGCAGGAGAUUUAUCAAGACUCGCAGUCAGAGUCAGUGGCUUCUUCUACACCGCUGUCAUACGAGACAGAAUCAAACAUCUCCGACUACGAUAAACCACCUGUUGUUUCUCCACUCACCAUGGAGUUUAUUGAUCCGUCUAUGUCUCUAUCCAAAUCUAUAUAUCAACUGAGUUUAUCAAACGAUGAAAAAAUAGAAAUAAUAUCACCUUUUCCCCUGGGGCCACCAAGCAGCGUAGAACCACCAAAGGAAAAACCACCUCCACCACCAAUAGAUUACAGCGACGAUGAAAAUCAACCAACCGAGCCUUUAAAGCGCUUAAACUCAACGCGUCGCAUUAAAAAGGAGUUACGUACCCGCCGAUCAGAUUUCUUGGGACUCGAAGGGGUUGGUGACGAUGAGCUCCACCUGGAAGUACCAAAACCGCUAGACAUGACCGCAUUACUGGCCGAAGAGAGACGCAUCGAGCAAAUGAACCGGCGUUCUUACGACACCGACAGCAACUAUGAGCAGGACUCAAUCCACGAUCGAGACUCUGGUGUGGGGCUGGGGCACGCCGAGGAUUGGACCAAGCAAGCAGUGAGUCCAGACAUGUCGCAGCACAGUCGUCAGAGUAGUGAACCCUUCGGUGCGAGUGUCACUUCCUCGGAGGAAGACGAGAUUACCAAGAAAGAACGUGAAAUCUUUGAAAUGCUCGAGAAGGAAGAGCAGUGGCGUUACGGCAACGAUCGUGAGCAGAACAGCGACAUUGGCGAAAAACUCGCGCAUAAACUGCGAGAACUCGAGGAGGAGAAGAUGCAGCUGGAGCGUGAACGAGCCCAGGAGUCAGUGGCGUUGCACCGGCAAGACGAGCCACUGCGUAAGACCGAGGAGAUCCAGCCACGCAUGCAGGAGGAAGAUCUCUUGCGAAAUCAACAACAACAACAACAACAACAACAACAUCAACAACAACAACAACAACUACAACAUCUUCACCAUCAUCAACAGCAACAGCAGGAAAUAAUUGUGAUGCAGUCGGAAGUUAUCCGCGAGGAGGAGAUUGAGUUCAGGGAACAGGAGAAGUUGAGGUUUGAUGUUGAACGGCUGAAAUUGCACGAGGAUAUUUAUGAUCAGGAGAGAAGAAAUGAAAUUCGCCGGCAAGACGAAAUGCAUUUGAGGGCUAUCGAUCGUAAAAUUCGUGAACCAGAGCACACGGUAGUGAAUGCAGUAAUGUGUGAUCACGACGACGAGUACGCGUCUGGGGAAGUUCUGCGUGUUGAGCGAGAACUUUUGCAGUUAGAGCAGGAGGCGUUGAAACGUCAGCGCUCUAACAUGGUUUAUCGGGAGCAAAAACAGCAGCAACUCGCUGAGCAGUGGCAGUCGUUGCAAAACGUUAAUUACACUGGGAAUAUUGUCCAUGCUACCUAUCAGAACAUCGAUAUGACUAAUUACCGGUCCUCGAUGCCUAAUUUGCAGCUUCAGGAAAAUCAACGUAGACGUCCGGCACCUCCGCCUAUUCCACCGGCCAAGCCGUUGAGAUUAAUCGAUCAACGGCAACGGGAUAUGACUAUCAGAAACAGUAGGAUUCCAUCAGCAGAUUCGAUUCCACAGCAGGUGGAUGCUACAAUUCGUCACAGUGCCUCCGCAACCGCACUAUCAACUCACGCUGGUCAGCAGAUGACCAAGCAGACUCUCAAUGCGCUGAGUGCAGUACCUAGGACUCGUAUUGUUAAAAAUGAUCAGUGGGUCCAGCGGAGGAAGAGCGAUGGCCCGCGAGUUAUUAGUCAAGAUUUAAAUUACCAACAUUGGCUUAUUCAAGAGGCUGAACAGAGGAGAAUUAAUGAGAAAAACCAACGCUCACCCCCACAAAGAAAACCGCAGCAACACGUGACUGGAACUUCCGUACCUUAUACUACUUCAUAUAAAUCUGAAGGGAAACCAUUACCGGAUUCUAUAAUUCAAACGCUUACUCAGAGAAUACAAAAUAGAGCACAAGAGAGACCUUUGCCUCUGAGACGAAGGAUCGAUCACAGCGUUAGCCAGGAACACUUGCCUCAAGCGCAUCACCAGCCAUCAGCACAUCUCGCUAUGAUGCAUCAGAAAGCACAUCAAUCACCCGGAACAUCGAGCGCGGACUCGCAGGAAAAAUUGCUGAGUGUCAGUGGAAAGAAAAAAUGUUCCCACUGCGGCGAUGAAUUAGGACGGGGAGCUGCGAUGAUUAUAGAAAGUUUGCGGCUCUUCUAUCACAUGGAGUGCUUCAAAUGUUGUGUGUGUCACGUGCGUCUCGGCGACGGGCUUAUGGGGACGGACGUACGCGUUCGUAAUCAUAAACUUCAUUGUCAUAAUUGCUACUCGAGCGACGACGGCGUCAAGUUCAGUUGCGUGUAAAAAUAUUUUAAUCCAAUGAAAUAUUUGCCAUUACUCUGAUACGUCUGUGUAAAUAAAAAAAAAUAAAAAAAAAAAAAAAACGAGUGUGCCACGAGGAGUCUAAGAGUUUAAAGUAGUUAAAAUGUUAAUUUAAAAAUAGCCAUAUCCCAACAUCAUAUGGGUAUUUAAAAAUACAAAUAAUCUCCUUAGCUGUCACGUGUACAUACAAGUGUGUAUUUAUGUAAUUAAAUUUUAAGCACUAGCGUUAACUUAAUUAAAAAAUAUUAAAGUAAUUAUAAACUGCAAGUAGUGGAAGAUAUUAAUUAUAUCAACAUCUUGUUUUAAUAAUUAAAUGUGUGUUGUGUAAAUUAUUGUAUUAUAGGAUGUGUAAUAUUUAUGAAAUUAAGAAGCCUAUACUACGUACUGUGUACUGUGUUCGAGCUAAGCCAUCUCGUACAGCUUUUUAAAAAAUUAAUUGGGCUUUUAUAAACCUCAAUUAAUAUAUAUAUUUUAUUCUUUGUUCAUUUAUAUUUUAUUAUAAUUUUUUUUUU